CACUUUUCGCGGUGUUCUCGUCAGUAGGGUCGCCCUUGAAUCUUCUCUCCUACCCCGCCGAUUAGUCAUUUGUUUAUUUUUUGUGAUAUUAAACUCCUCUUCUCCUCCCGCUGUACCACCUUCACCGUGCUGUGUCAAGUAACUAUUUCUGUGUUUUACGCAAAGUGCGUUCUUCGUACGGUCCCCCUAGUUCACUAGAACAUCUGACUCACUCAUCAGCACUUAAAACUGUGGCCCAUAUUUUGAAUCGUCACAUUUCUGAUCCAACAUUCUAGAGGUGAGCAUCAGUUGAUUGCAGUGUAUUACGUGAUUUGGCUGCUGGUUGGCUGACGAAACGUGAACGACGUGUCGUGCAAAGUUCAAGCACCGUCAAUCGGGCACCAGGCGCGAACAUCCAACCAUCCAGAACACCACGAUCCGGUUUUAUAUUCUUGAUAGUGCGCCUCAGUGCGAAGUUGGUGAAUCGUGUGAUUGCCGUCCAGCAUUUUGUGAUAAGCGAAUUGCGAAGAGGCCACGAGCACACGUGGAACAUGGUCUUCCCUUCGUCUUCCGCUGCCAGCACGCCGGAAGCUGCCAAAUGGAAGCGCACGUACGAUUCGAUCAAAGCCGGCCACGACGAUGCGUACCGUACGAUCGAGCGUGCGAUCAAGUUCGAGGAGCACGAGCGCCCGGACCUAGCACUGCAAGCGUACAAGGAUGGCAUCCGGCUGAUCGAUGAAACGCUUGCCCUUCCGGUUGAGGUACCGCAAGUCCGACAGCCGGAAGCAACGGCUACACAAGACCAGCAGGAGCAGCAAUCACCGGUGGCCACUGAGGACGAUAGCUGGCAGAAAGCGAUCGCCAUGAUUCACAAACUGAAGCGUACACGUGGUGAGGUGCUGCAGCGCGUUGGACAGCUUGGAGGGACCACCUCCGGCUCCUCUGCUACUGCUGCGAACGAAGGACCCCAAGCGAAUGGGCAGCGUCCCUGGACGUACACCGAGCUAGCGAUGGCACUGCGCGAGAUGUCCUGUCCAACCGGCGGAGAAGAGGACGUUCCACGGGAAGUGAACGCAGGGCUGGAACUCCUUUUCUCCUGUCCCGGCGUUCAAGUGUACUACAUCGAACCGGAUGGCGUCGUGAGCCAAACGAUGACCGACUCCACACUGCGUAUCGUACGGAUCGAAGCUGAUGAACGGCGUAACCUUCAGGCUACCGUGUUCCUGCAGGUCAUCGAAACACGCAACGCAACGGUCAUUGAGAAUGCGGAAGAACCACUGCUUGUGGAGCUGGACGAGGAAGAUGGGGAUGAGAAGGAAGUUGCCAGCAACUCAGAUGCAGCAGCAGCAGCAGCCCCAGAAAAGAUUCCGGAGCAACAUGCUAACGAUGAAGCGCCUCAUCUUUCCGACCAACAACCGACAACACCAUUCCUGCUCUAUCCCCUUAUCCCUGGCGUAUCGCCCUGUUACCGGACCGAGUACGGAGCGUUCAUACUGCCCGAUCUGGAGAGCAGCGAGAACCAGCACGAUGGACGUGCGAUCGGAUUGGUAGUGCCACCCGGUGCCGAUGAGGUUGUGCUGGAAAUUCUGGUUGCAAUGCUGCACGGCAUCGUCACCCAGCCGGCCAGCAGUGUGCCACGCAUUCGGAAGCGUUCCCUCUUGCCCGACUCCAGCACCGUAUCGGCCGGUAUCAUCAAGGGGGCCUACUAUCUCUCCCAGGGGCUGGUACGUGGUGCCGAGCGAACGGGCCAGCUCAUCGCCACCGGUACACCGUACGUCAUAUCGCGGCUCGGCCAGAAACCAUCCGAACCAACGCCGGAAACGGAAACGGUACAAGUGCCACCGAAGGUACGCACCGGUAUCGAGAUUGCCCGCAACGUGACCGGCACGGCGGCCGGUGUAACGAGCUACGUCGCCGGGAAGGUCGGUUCGGCCACGAUGGCCCUUGGCCGCUUCCUAGCACCCCACAUUCAGCGCCACGGAAGUGCACUGCUGGCGUACGGUACGGGCAUGAGUGAAGCGGCCGCUUCGGAGAAGAUGAACGGUGCGCUCACGAUCUGUGCCGGGGCAGUGGAAGGUUUCGGAACGGUGUACGAGGGCCUCGAACGAUCGGCCAGUAUAUUGGGUCAAAGCCUAAGCGCCAGCACGGUGCAGAUCGUGGAGCAUCGGUAUGGAACGGAGGCUGGCCGUGUGGUCGGUAGUUCACUCGAUACCGUCGGUAACGUGAUCAACGUGACGCACAACAUAAACUACAUGACACCGAAGGGGCUUGCCAAGCGGACGGCAAAGAAUGCGGGCAAAGCGCUCGUCGCUGGCUACCGACCAUCGGUUCCGGAGCUUGAUGCGGUCACACUUGGAGGCACUGGUGCUGGUGCUGGUGACGCUACUGGAGUUGCUGGCCCUAGUGGAAGCGGUACCAUCGUACCAGCGGCCGUUCUCUAUCCGGAUUUGGAAGGACUGGCGAAAGAGGUGCGAAAACAGGGAGACAAAUAGAUUACGCUGGAAGUGGACAAUGGGGGACGACCAACGCGAAACAGGGACGUGGGAUAAAGCGACUCACAAUAAGCCAUCCUAGAUUACGGAACAGGCCAUCCUCACUCGGAAUCUCAUAGUUAUUGCCUAGGAUUUUAGUGGUUAACGGUUUGUUGAAAUCGAACGAUUUGGGUGUUAGCAAAAGAUUUUCUUAUGAAAGUGUUCGUUUUGAAGAGAUAUUUGAGGUGUGUUAUGGGCAUGAUAGAUCUGAGAUUCGAUAUCAUCUAAAGACAUUUACGUCGCAAAAGCAUAAUACAAUAAAUACUUUAAGCGAAAA